CCGGUGUCAUUGUCCCUGACUUGACAGUGCCAGUGGAAGUGAGUGAACCAAGUUGCGGGUCGCUGGUGCCAACGCCCGGCGAAACAGAGCUAACACCGGCGAGAGGACCCACGUAGAGACGCAGCUGACGAGUUCGCUAGCUGAUCCAGAACAAGCACAGAGAUGCAGACUAUCAAGUGUGUGGUGGUGGGUGAUGGAGCAGUGGGUAAAACCUGCCUGCUGAUUUCCUACACCACCAACAAAUUCCCCUCGGAGUAUGUCCCCACAGUGUUUGACAACUAUGCUGUAACUGUGAUGAUCGGGGGAGAACCAUACACCCUCGGUUUAUUUGAUACAGCAGGUCAGGAGGAUUAUGACAGGUUACGACCACUUAGUUACCCACAGACAGACGUCUUCUUAGUCUGCUUCUCAGUUGUGUCCCCUUCCUCGUUUGAGAACGUUAAAGAAAAGUGGGUUCCUGAAAUCACUCACCACUGUCCCAAGACCCCGUUCCUGUUGGUAGGCACUCAGAUCGACCUGCGCGACGACCCCUCCACAGUGGAGAAGUUAGCCAAGAACAAACAGAAGCCAAUCACCCCAGAGACAGCAGAAAAGCUGGCCCGUGACCUUAAGGCAGUCAAAUACGUUGAGUGCUCAGCCCUAACACAGCGGGGACUGAAGAACGUAUUUGAUGAGGCUAUCCUAGCUGCUUUAGAGCCCCCUGAAACUCAGAGAAAGAGAAAAUGCUGUUUGUUCUGAUGUCUUCUUGCUUCUUGCCUCUCGAUCGUCUGCUGCUUACUCAUUGUAAAGAUAUGUCUGUCACUGAAAUGACCACACUGCUCUUUUAAACUUACAAACUCUGUGCCCGUUAACUUAACUCCUUCUGAUCAUCUGUGCUUUUUUUCCUUUUUCCGACUUGACCUAAUCCCAAUAAUCAAUGCUGCCUAAUAUGUCAAAAGUGCCAAUCUUGAGUUCUUUGUGUUUUCAGUCUGUGUAACUGGACAUGACUGAGUUUUGGUUUUGGUAUAGUUUUGGUUUCGAGCUCUUCAGCAUCAGUUGUACCCUAAAAAGUAUUUAAGCUUAAUUCUGUCUUAAGACAGUAUUAACCCUUUUUUUUUCUACUGCAGCAUAAAAACAUAAUUCCCAUGGGCUUUUGUCUUUACACAGACAACUUGAUCAUGAGGAGAGUCUUGUUAAUGUUAUUUGAAUAAAGGAACAUUUUGAUCGUCCUGCUGCAUUUCUCUUCAGCUUUCUUUUUGCAGUGAGAUCCCUGUAGAUGUUGAUUUGUAUUUGGAGCACGGCUCUGUUUUGAAUAUGAAUAUCUUGUUUCCACAGAAAGGGUUAAAGAAUGUGUUUGAUGAGGCAAUACUGGCGGCCCUGGAGCCCCCCGAACCUAAGAAAAGACAUAAAUGUGUUCUGCUCUAAGUUUCAUCGCUGCCUGCUCCACACCACUUCACUUCCCCGUAUCUAGGUUAACAGUCCUGAAGAGGUUUUUCCUGCACAAGCACAUUCCAAGAUGAGUUGAGAGAUCAUGAACCAUUUGUCCUCUGUCUGACUUAUCCUACAAACAUAGUCAAUGUGCUGAACAUGAUUUUAAGAUUGAUGACUUUACCCCACUUGCAUAAUGUGAACACUGAAUAUGUGAAGUAUAUCAGCAAACUGCAGGUAACGGUUCAGUAAUAGAUCACUUUGACCACAGUAGAGUUGAUUUUGACACGAGUGGAAGAACUGACUGUUGUAAUGAUGGUAUUGUAGUGGUUCUAACUGUUGUAUCAAGUGGCCUAUGGAACACAAAUAUAAGCUGAUAAUGAUGGGUUAGUGAGAAGCUCAAGUUCUGUAUUAGUGCAACUUUCAGCUGAUACUUUUUAUCCCCCAAAGUGAAUCAUUUGCACUGCAUCUUCAAUCCUGGUAUAUGCGACUGCAGUUUUCUUUCAUCACUGAUUGGGUAUGUAGCAUUAUAGAUACACCAUACAGCCAUGGAACUCAAAUAUUUAGUUUUUCAGGUUGUUUUUUUUAAGAACUGACACAAUUUCAAAGAGUUAGCAGGAGUCACUGUGUUUCACACAACGUCUGUAAACACAGUCUCCUGGAAGAUCUAUGAACCAGCUGACGUAAUCUGACAUUUCUAGGGUAUCCUCCACUGUAGCUCUAGUUUUCCCAAAGAAAACCAGAUCAAAUUGACUCCUGACGGAGCAGAGAUCCACAGAAGCUGAGAAACAAGUCAUCAUUGAGCCUGAGUCUCAAACGAUGGGAACAUUCCAAUCAGAAAUCAUCUGUCACAAACAUUCUCCAUCAAUUUGAGUAACUACUUGAGCACAAGUUUUGUAAGGUAUGCGAGAACGUGAUGUUUAUGCCCUUAUAUAACAAACUUUUGAGCUUUACAGCUCAUAACCGGAGGCUAAUUUAUUUUGUUAAGGGAACGAACUCGCUGCUACGCUGCAUCGGCAUCAUUAAGAUGGCAACAACACAUUGUGACACGUCUUAUAAAAUGCUACACAUAGUUUGACAUCCUGUGAAGACAUUUCUUUUAUUUCACCCUUGCCCUAGAUGUUGGGCUUGAAUUUGAUUUGUAAAUAGAGUGAGAAUAUACUUAUUGACUGAAUGAAACAUGUGCAUUGUUGAUAACGAGAUUUGAACAAGCUGACGUGACCCUGAAAUCCAAUUAACCAGGAAAAUGACAUGUUUCUUGGACGGAUAUGAUUUUUAUUCAAUUUGACAUCAAAGUUGUACUGUAUCUUAUCUUGCCUGUGAUAAAACAUCACAAUGAACCAGUAUUAUGAAUAAACUUAACUUCAAGUAA